GGGGGCUCUGUUAUGAGAGCCAUGGGGGCUCUGUUAUGAGAGCCAUGAGGGCUCCCUCUGCUGGCCUGCAGAGGAAUUGCUGCACUUUAUCAUCAGGACUUUAAUUCCCACAAUCCAUUGCUCCACCCACUCAGCACACCUGUUUCCUGUUUGUAAUCACCUGGUCUAUUUAAGAUCACUCAGAACUCUCUUAUGACGCGAAGAACUGUUAGCCUGUCUGCAUACUGAGCGUAUUUCUCUGUUCCGUCUAUUGCCUUGUUUUGACCCUGCCUGUUUUUUGUGUUUGUGAUUGUUUACUACCUGCCCUGACCUACGCCUGGAUUAUUGACUACUGCUUUUGGAUUUCCUUUGUUGUUGCUGUUUGCCUGGUGUUUUGACCCUCGCCUGUCUUGGGAUUUUGAUAAUAAACCUGCACUUGGAUCUAACCGGUUUCACGCUCAUGACACUAACAUCCUGUUCCCUACAAUCCCCUUAUUUCCCAUCACCUUUUACCCAUAUGCCCAUUUACGGAUUUUCCUCCCCUUGGUUCCCAGGGCCCAGGUCUGGGAACCACGGUCUUCAUUCUAAAUAACAAUUUUGUUAUUAUUAAAAAUGUGCUCAAAAGAGCUUUACUUCCUGGUCAAUGUUACCUUUGCUUCUUAGUUUUUUCAUGACAGACGUCCUGAGGAUUAAUCCUUCAUUCAACUACAGUACAAUGAGUAAGUUUCUCCUUUGCUAUUUUCUUCUGUACAUGAUUUUUUACUGAUUAUAAGUCACUCUAUGAGUCUUGUUUAUGUCAAAAGUUAUUAUGUUAGAAGCUCUUAUUUAUUCAUCUUAUAUUGUUACUAUUGCUAAGCUAUUGCUGCUAUAAUGUUGUUUGUGUACUAAUGGAGUUCUCUGACUCCUUAAGCCUGCUAAACUUCUGAAUUUAUGAUCUCAGCCUGUCUUUGCCCAGGCUGGGCUUGCUUACGCAUAUCUCAAGCUUCAGUUCCUCUAUCUCUACUAAGUUAGUCCCCUUAUCUCCCCUUAUAUCCUUUGCCUCAGGGUCAGCCAAUUCAUCCUGGUCACACCAUCUGGUCCUUGCCUCAUCAUCCUCGUCCUUCCCCCUACCCAAGGCCAGUGCCUGUUGACGUCUACCUGGAUCUCCAGAUUACACUCCUACUUCGCACGUUUACUAAGUUUAUUUAUAAUAAACAUAUAAACAUUUCCUCUUUUAUCCACCCUCUGACUCAAGUGUGGUUAUUUUAUUCUCUAGUUAUAUAUUACCUUAAAAUUAUUACAAUAUCCUGGGGUUUAUUCCCAUGUGUCUUAUGACUCCAAUCAUAAUUCCCUUAAGGCAUCUCUCUCUCUCUCUCUCUCUCUCUCUCUCUCUCUCUCUCCCUCCCUCUCUCUCUCUCUCCCCUCUUCUUCCUCCAAUUCUGGCCCUGAAUCCCGUUUACACUUUUUCCUCUCCUGUCUACUGAGUUACUAUAAUAAACACUCCUUUAUCCACCCUCUGACUUCUGGUUAAUGUAAUCUCUAGUAUACAUUACUGUGAUAGUGUGUGUGUAUAUAGUAUUAUAAUAUAUAUUAUAACUAUAAUUUUCUUAUAUUCUCUUAAGGUUCCAGGAUUUUUCACAACAGUUCCUCGUGAGAGGAAAGCAGCAGUGAACAUUGUAAUUAGCAUCAAACUGAUUUACAUCUUAAGGACCAGGAUGAUGAAUCUUCACCUCACUUUAACGCUCGUCUGUGUUCUUAGAGCUUCUCUGCUGGCUGAUGGCGCUGACAUACGACUGACUGGCAACAACUCCUGCUCUGGUAGAGUGGAGAUCCUCAGAGAUGGUCAGUGGGGAACAGUGUGUGAUGACAGCUGGGACCUGAAAGAUGCAGAGGUGGUGUGUAGACAGACUAGAUGUGGUGAAGCUGUCACUGCUCAUCAAAGUGCCCACUUUGGUCAGGGAAGUGGUGAAAUAUGGCUGGAUGAUGUUCAGUGUUCUGGAAGUGAAAGCACCAUCACACAGUGCUCUCACAGAGGAUUUGGAGUAAACGACUGUAGCCAUAGUGAAGAUGCUGGUGUUACUUGCUCAGGUAGCAUACGACUCAUUGGUGGCAGUCACCCCUGCUCUGGUAGAGUGGAGAUCCUGUAUAAUGGUCAGUGGGGAACAGUGUGUGAUGACGACUGGGACCUGAAAGAUGCAGAGGUGGUGUGUACACAGAUUGGAUGUGGUAAAGCUGUCAAAGCUCAUCAAAGUGCCCACUUUGGUCAGGGAAGUGGUGUAAUAUGGCUGGAUGAUGUUCAGUGUUCUGGAAGUGAAAGCACCAUCACACAGUGCUCUCACAGAGGAUUUGGAGUAAACGACUGUAGCCAUAGUGAAGAUGCUGGUGUUACUUGCUCAGGUACUGGUACUAACAUACGGCUGACUGGUGGCUACAACUCCUGCUCUGGUAGAGUGGAGAUCCUGUAUAAUGGUCAGUGGGGAACAGUGUGUGAUGAGGACUGGGACCUGAAAGAUGCAGAGGUGGUGUGUAGACAGAUUGUAUGUGGUAAAGCUGUCACUGCUCGUCACGAUGCCCACUUUGGUCAGGGAAGUGGUGAAAUAUGGCUAGAUAAUGUUCAGUGUUCUGGAAGUGAAAGCACCAUCACACAGUGCACUCACAGAGGAUUUGGAGUAAACAACUGUGGCCAUAGUGAAGAUGCUGGUGUUACUUGCUCAGUUAACGUACGACUCACUGGUGGCAGUCACCCCUGCUCUGGUAGAGUGGAGAUCCUGUAUAAUGACCAGUGGGGAACAGUGUGUGAUGACGACUGGGACCUGAAUGAUGUAGAGGUGGUGUGUAGACAGACUGGAUGUGGUAAAGCUGUCACUGCACAUCAAGAUGCCCACUUUGGUCAGGGAAGUGGUGAAAUAUGGCUGGAUGUUGUUCAGUGUUCUGGAAAUGAAAGCACCAUCACACAGUGCACUCACAGAGGAUUUGGAGUAAACAACUGUAGCCAUAGUGAAGAUGCUGGUGUUACUUGCUCAGAUGGCGCUAACAUACGACUCACUAGUGGCAACAACUCCUGCUCUGGUAGAGUGGAGAUCCUGCAUAAUGGUCAGUGGGGAACAGUGUGUGAUGACGACUGGGACCUGAAAGAUGCAGAGGUGGUGUGUAGACAGACUAGAUGUGGUGAAGCUGUCACUGCUCAUCAAAGUGCCCACUUUGGUCAGGGAAGUGGUGUAAUAUGGCUGGAUGAUGUUAAGUGUUCUGGAAAUGAAAGCACCAUCACACAGUGCUCUCACAGAGGAUUUGGAGUAAACGACUGUAGCCAUAGUGAAGAUGCUGGUGUUACUUGCUCAGGUAGCAUACGACUCAUUGGUGGCAGUCACCCCUGCUCUGGUAGAGUGGAGAUCCUGUAUAAUGACAAGUGGGGAACAGUGUGUGAUGACGACUGGGACCUGAAAGAUGUAGAGGUGGUGUGUAGACAGAUUGGAUGUGGUAAAGCUGUCACUGCUCAUCAAAGUGCCCAAUUUGGUCAGGGAAGUGGUGAAAUAUGGCUGGAUGAUGUUAAGUGUUCUGGAAGUGAAAGCACCAUCACACAGUGCACUCACAGAGGAUUUGGAGUAAACGACUGUAGCCAUAGUGAAGAUGCUGGUGUUACUUGCUCAGUCCGAGAGAUCAGGCUGGUGAAUGGUCCGAGUAAAUGUUGUGGUCGAGUGGAGAUACAGCACAGAGCCCAGUGGGGAACAGUGUGUGAUGAUAACUGGGACUUAAAGGAUGCAGAGGUGGUGUGUAGACAGCUUGGAUGUGGUAACGUCACCAGCGCUCCUCGAAAGUCCCACUUUGGUCAGGGAAGUGAACCAACCUGGCUGGGUAAUGUUCAGUGUAAAGGAACUGAGAGCUACAUAGAUCACUGUUCACACAGUGGAUUUGGAGUAAAGAACUGUGGACAUGAUGAAGAUGCUGGUGUCGUUUGCUCAAACAUGCUGAGUCCAACACUGACUCGAAUCUCCCCAAACUCUGUGGUCUCACCUGGAGAAGUCCUGCAGUUCACAUGUUCCACACCCAGUCCAUCAUGCAUCUCUGUAGACUUCAGUUUGUAUAAAACUGGGACAUUGAUAAAGAAACAAACUGCAGAGACUACAACAACAUUUACUCUGACUGUAGAUGCCUCACAUCAGGGUCAGUACACCUGUGACUACUCGUACAGGGAAAGUGACGCCACAUCAUCCAGGAGCAACUUCGAUACCAUCACUGUGGUGAACUUGCAGCAGCCCAAUAUCUCAUUCAGUGCUGCUUAUAGAUGGUACCACUAUGGGCUUGAAGGAUCAGAAGUGAUAAAAGGCUAUGGCUUCUCCAUCAUCUGCUCCACUGAACCUCAGUAUACAGGAGGUUCCUUCUAUUUGGACUUCAGCAAAUCCAACAUCACCAGAACUCAGUCAGCUGUUAACCACUCGGCUGUCUUCCUUUUUCCUGAAGCAGAUUUUGAUCAUCAGGGAAACUACAGCUGUACUUAUGACGUUAAAGUGUCUUCACGUACCUUUACCUCCACUACCACAGAACCCCUUUUUGUUGCUGUUAAAGCAUCACUGAUGCCAUACAUUGGUAUGGGAGUAACAGCAGGACUGCUUCUCAUCUUAGUUCCAGUCAUCAUUUGCUUUGUGAAGACAAAGAAAAGAUUGAAAUUUCAGAGUGACACAAAGAGUGAUUCACAGCGUGUUAAAAACACAUAUGAGUGUCACCAAGCAGAGAAAGAUGACGAAGAUGCUUAUGAAAACAUAGAAACCAUUUUCUACCAGAAGGAUGAUUCAGAGGACUCGGAUAACGACUACCUUAAUGUCGAGGCUGCUGAACAAGGAAGUGAUGCAGAUGAUGACUAUAUUAAUGUUGAUGCUGAGGAACAAAGUAAUGACCUGGACAAUGACUAUGAGGAUGCAGACAUUUAUGCAAACUGUGCAGAGUAAUGCGGAUAACUAAAUGAUUAUCCAAAACCCCAUUUGUUUUCUAUAAAGUGGUGCAGGUACAGGUGCAAGUACAGGUAGCAAACAAAACAGGGACAUAAUCCAAGGGCAAAGUCAAGAUUCAGUCAAGGGUCUGGCAACGAACAAAUCAUUUUCACCAGAAACUACACCAAAGUGCCAAAUAACUGGGCCAAAUAAUAAGUACUGAGUUCUUAUCCAGACGCUGUAUUACAUGCAAAAAAGGUGCUGCAUCAAUGUAUUAGUUAAGGGGUGUGUACAUUUAUGCAAACAAGUUAUUAUAAAUUUACUCUUAGGCCAUCCUUAAAAAUAUUCUUGUUUGCCAUAACCCGACCGACCCUGACAAUUUAGGACCGACUCAAAUUUUUUUUUUUCUGCUUUAAGUCCGACUGACUUGCCAGUUGUAAAUUUGCUUUAAUUUGCUUUAGGACCGACCAAUUUUUUUUUUACUCUUCAAACAACUAAUACAAAAGCAAUAAAAUAAUGUUAAUUAUAUUUUAAUAAGUACUGUAAAUAUAUAAAUUGCCUAGGCCUACAUACAAACGCAAUGAUGCGCCUGAAGGCACGGGUUGAAGACCCAGCCAGUGACGUCACGAUAUGCAAAUUUGUUUAAAGUCAUACCCACGUAAUCACCAUCACCAAAAUUACAUUGAAACUUGAAAAAAAAAUAUCGACCUACCUACCGACCCUUUUUUUUUUUUCCUGUUACUGCAAACCAAAAUAUUUUUAAGGAUGGCCUUCUUUUUUUUUUUACAUAAAACCUUUCUAUUUGUUUCUCACUUGAAUUGUGUCACAUAAAAGGAGGAAAAGAUGUGACGAGUUAUCUUGUUAUGAAUAUCUUGUUUUAUCACUGUCACCUUUAACUGUAACAGAAGUGUUUACACUUUUAUAUCUACUAUAUUAGGACUAUAUGGUCAGGGCUCCAUCAUUGUACAGGGCCUCAGACAAUGACACAGGGUCGUAUACACCAAUAUCUCUGCUCUUCUGGCAGGUUGAAGUUGUUUAAUGUUCAUGCACGGACUGUGUUGCACAGGCAAUGUUUGGAACUUGAUAUACACGAAUGUACAUUUGUUAACGUGUCCUCAUGUUCUAGAAACUGCUAUGCAGUAGAAGGUUUAUAUUGGAAUGAUUGAUUGCAUAGGUUGUGGCAAUCCCAAGUGUGUGUGUUAGUUAAUGAAGCUAUUGGGGGCGGGAACAAGAAGACACUGGAAAAAAGGAGAAGCGGGAAAAACUGAAGGAUGCGAUGUGUCUGAGAGAGAUGUCGUUUAUGAGUUUGAGUUUAAGUAUUCACUGACUGUUUCCUGAGAAUUAUGUUAAGGAACAGACCGUGUGACACGCUAGCGGACAGCUCGUUUUCUUAGCAAGCUACUUAAGCUACACGGAUGCUAAUCGCUAUGAUAAUAUGUUAAUGUUAGCAUGAUUGACGGAUAUUUUAUGAAGUCUUUUUCCCCCUCCAUGAAUACUGAGGUAAACUACUUUUUAAGGUGCGAGAUAAAAACAAACAACAAUCGUCAUGCAAAUUUCAUGUCAAUGGAUUAUUCUCACGUGUCUCAACAUAGAGUGCACUAGUGUUUAUUUUGAGUAAACACUACUGAACAGUUGGGUUAUCUUUUUAUUCUUUUUAAUUCUUAAAAAAUAUUUAAUUGGUUUUUGAAUGUAAUUGAUUCUUUUUCUGUGCAAUUGUCAAUAUUAGCUAAUAUGGGUUCUUUCUAAUAAUUUAAUAAUUUAAAGCUUAUUAUUUUGCAAUAACCUUUACUGCACAAUUUGAUUUUGAUAAUUCAAAGUAAGUCUUAACAUUUGAA